AUGACUUCUCACAACAUAGUGAUGAGGCAAAGGACACUAAAUGAGUUUUUCCCUCAAACCCCUUCAGCGGCUGGCACACACGGUAGAACAAUAGUGCUGCCAUGGCAGGAAAAAAGAGAUGAAAACAACUCGCCGCAUGGUUACAUAGGCUGGGAUAUCGUAACUGCAGCUCUAAUGGAGUCGGAUACGACAGACACAUCAAGCCUCAGAAUACUUCUUCAGGUGCUUUAUACGCGGAAAAUUAUUUCUGAAACUCGUCAGGUGCUGUGCUUUGGGGUACUUUGUCAUGUUCUCGAUCACGUCAUGACUGCUGAAGAACGUGUGCAGUUUUUUUGUUUCACUUUACCCUGGAUGAAGCGCGCCGUACUCCGGGGACCUGAGUUGUUUCCCCAAGAGAUUCCUAUUUUAUCACAGAGUGAUACCCAUCGUUUGCUGUUCACACAUGAAGAGGCCUCAACACUGCUGGUUUGUGGUUUUUUCUCCCUUUUCCAGGGAAGAUCUCAGGUGCAUAAAUUUGGAAGCUCUACUGGGCUACACAAACUUUCUUCCUUUAACUUUGUGCGCCUUCUUUGCAAUGAAAAGCCUGAUCGGUUUAGCAGUCAAUGUGCGAAGGUGCAGUGUUUACUACAGUAUUUUAGAUAUUGCGCUCGUUGCACGAAGGAAGUGUGGCCGUGCGUGGAGAUCUAUCGCGUUGCACGUACAUCCUUUCCUGACUUUGAAAGAAGCACCCGCGCUAUGGAGCCUGUCGUAAUUUCCGAAAACUUGCUCAUUGAAGAGAGUUAUACGAACUUACAAGUGGAUUUCGCCAACCGGUGUAUCGGGGGUGGUGUUUUGUCUUCUGGUUGUCUCCAAGAGGAGAUACGCUUCGUCACAUCUCCGGAGCUACUUCUUUCUUGUCUCGUUUGUGAGGAGCUGUUAGACAAUGAAGUGGUGUUUGUUGCCGGCGCCGCGUCCUACAGUGUUACGGAGGGUUAUGCGAAGACUUUCCGUUAUAUUAGCGGGUGUACACCGGACAUUAUUCCUUUAAGUGGCCGGAUGUUCAGGGUGGAUUCAUGCGAACAAGGGAUGCAUGUAGAUAAAGUGCCUGUUAAGCUAGUUGGGAGAAAUGAUGAGGCUCCAAGGUUUGUGCGCAACACGUGUAUAGUGGCCAUGGACGCAGUCGAUUUCAGUGAUGCCGUGGACAACCAAUUUCGUAAGGAUUUUAUAAUCCGUGAAACCCAUAAAGCUUUUGUGGCAUUCAAAGGAAUUCCUGACAGCACUCUAUCAUCCGUGCACUCUGGUCCUAUUGCGACGGGGAACUGGGGCUGCGGUGCCUUUGGUGGCGAUAGAGAACUUAAACUGUUAUUACAGUGGUGUGCGGCCUCUCAGGCAGGACGACCGUUAAUUUAUUCCGCGUUCGGUGAUAUUGCGUUAUGCAAUGGUUUUCAUAAAGUUUACAAGAAGCUACGCGAAGAGGAAUGGACCGUAGGGGAGGUUUUUACUAUGAUUCUGUUCUGCUCCAGCAUGUUUCCGAGACCACGCAACCAGUUGUUUGAGUGCUUCCUCACAAUGCCGUGGUGUCGCCUUCCUCUGGGCACACAUCUGGUGUUAAUUUAG